UUGGGGCUAGACUGGACACCCAUUCAGUCUACACUUGCUCUUUUUGUCUUCUUCAGACCACAGCAUGGGGCUCAGCGACGGAGAAUGGCAGUUGGUGUUGAAUAUCUGGGGGAAAGUGGAGGCCGACAUUCCGAGCCAUGGGCAGGAAGUCCUCAUCAGGCUCUUUAAGGGUCAUCCCGAGACCCUGGAGAAGUUUGACAAGUUCAAACACCUGAAGUCAGAGGAUGAGAUGAAGGCCUCUGAGGAGUUGAAGAAACACGGCACCACCGUGCUCACGGCACUGGGGGGCAUCCUCAAGAAGAAGGGGCAGCAUGAUGCGGAGCUUAAGCCCCUGGCCCAGUCCCACGCCACCAAACACAAGAUUCCCGUCAAGUACCUGGAGUUCAUCUCUGAAGCCAUCAUCCAGGUCCUGAAAAGCAAGCAUGGUGGGGACUUUAGCGCCGAAGCCCAGGGAGCUAUGGGCAAGGCCCUGGAGUUGUUCCGGAAUGACAUCGCGGCCAAGUACAAGGAGCUGGGAUUCCAGGGUUAG